UGUCGUAGAAAAUUUGUACAAAUGAAAUCAAUCAAUUCUGCUCUUUCUUUUUUCUUUUUUUUUUUUUUUACUUUGAUCUUUAUCGCUUUAUGGUAUUUUCUUUCCCUUGUUUUUUUCUAAUUUUUAUCUCAUUGUUUUAUAUAUAUAUAUAUUCUAUUCUCUCCAAAUUACAGAUCUUUCCAUAUAUAUAUAUUAUCUUGAAAAUAUUCUUUGACUGCUGCUCUUCACCUUUAGUUUGCCAUGUAUACCCUACAGAGACAUUUUCUGUCUUGUUGUGUCUGAUCUCGACGUGUCAGGACAAAAGACAAAGGCCGCGGUUUGUUUCUUUCGGUGAUCAUAAAGACUUUUCCGGGAUCGUCGGGUAGAUAUAUCUACCUUUGUUUUCGGCAGAAUCUUUCAGUGCUUUAACAGGUAAUGAAGGAAGCUGUCGGCUAGCCAAUCCUGUGUGGAUACAAAAUGUAGGAGGACACCUGCCGACACUGGAGGUCCAGUAACAUUGAACACUCAUUGAUCACCCGCUACAGGUUUAUCUCCCUACCUGUUCCUACCUCUCGUCUUCUUGUUCCUGACUGAAAGCCGACCGGACAUAAGCCACCAACGUCUCUCAUGUGGCUAUGUUUUACAGUUCACAACAAAGAUAGUGUCUGAUCUACUUGAUCAACAGUUAGUCAAACUUUUCUUGAGAUUUUCUCACUGUUUAGUGUUCAAAAACUACAGUAGGCACAACUAUAGUGGAAUCAACGAAAUUCAACAAGUACUGGGACAAGACGAUUGUCGGCGAGACAGAUCGAGUAACAACAUUCAGCUGAAGUAUAGGUACAGGUAUAGAUGUAGGGACAUUGUUCCAUCUGCGCAAUUGUCGUGGGAAAAGCCUUCAAACUGUUUGCUGCUCUGCUCAUGGGGAAUCUCCAACCACUUGUAGAAGGAUCUACCAAAACCUCGUGACCCUUUAUCUACUAUUUUGCAAACAAAAUAAAUAAAUAAAUAAAAAAUAAAAAAUUAAGAUUCUAGCCAAAAUGGCACACACUAUAUGUACUGAAUAGAAUCACACAAUGUCCAGAAUCUGUCUAAAUAAUGAAAAGACAGUGGAACAAACUUUUGAACAGUCUCAAAUUUCUCAGCACUGUUCCGAUAAACAUCACACGACUACCAGUGUCAUCCGUUCCCAAGGAGAACCUGCAAGUUUACGAGCCAUUACCCAUGUUAGUGUUAAUUUGAAUCAGUCGAAUACUUAUGAGGGUCUACACCACGUUAAAAAUAAUUUUCGAACUCGUCGGAAAAGUAACUCCCUUCUUGGACACGACACCUUUCAUCUCCCUGCUGCUAUGUCUACUGGUCCGCAGGAUAGUGUGGAAUCUGCAGAACGGAAGCGAAGCUCUUCAAAUCUCGAGCGAUAAAAAUGGCUGCACGUGUUUGCAUGGAAACCAGACAGAAGGCAACGUCACCGCGUGUGAAGCAGACGACAGAGCAGGACUCACUUCCACGUGCCAAUGCAGGUGUUUGGAAACAUGUGCAGGCCAUGGCCAAGCUUCGAUCUAAGUUCAUGGCGCGAUGCAGUGUCAGAACAAGGAAUGCAUGCUGGGACUCAAACUACCAAUCAACAUUCAAAGUUCGGUUCCCACAUGGAAAAAAGAGCCAAUCGGAAGCGACGCCGGCAGAGGCGAAAGAAGAAAACUCGCUUUCGGUUCAAAUGCCUUGCGAAGGUGAUCUCCCUUCUUUUACGAAUCUGGAGGAUUCAUUCCCUUGCUAUGCAGACCUACCUGCGGCAGGUGCAGGCUAUUGACCUUUCACUGGAUUAUAGGGAGGAAGACAGCAUUCUGUUCGACCUCACCAAGUACAAAGCUGAUAGGGAGCCCCGCCUGUCAGCAAAGGCAAUGCGAAUUCUGAAGAAGCUGCCAACAGAACGCACUCCGGAGGAGAUGAGCCAUGUGCAAAUUGCCUUGUGGAAUUACAAGUCUUUGGCAGAGUAUCCUCUUCACAUUCAGAAAAGAAUAGCUGCACGGGCUUGGAUUGAAAGCUAUGAACCAAAGAGAGUGAUCGUGAGGGAGGGGGACUAUGCGGCACGUUUCUACUUUCUUCUUCUGGUGGUGCAUUUGCAUUUGUGAUUGACCAAGACAAGGGGCUGGCCAAAACUCUGACAUACUAUAGCCGUGGGGACAGUUUUGGCGAGUCCGCAUCUUAAAUGGAUGUAAACACCAGUCGACGGUUGUGUCACAGGUUGCCGUACAGC